CGGCUGAUUACCUGCUCAGUGUCCUGGAGCGGGACCAGACCAACACCAUCACCCGCGUAGUGGUUUUCAUGUACGUUAAAGACGAACCUAACGAAUGGAAAGCGACAGCGGAUCACCUGCCUCGCGCGAAAGUGGAGGUUGACGUCUCAUAAGGGUCACUAACUGCUCCGCCGGUACCGCCAUGGCUCGGACCGGCUCCGGUUCGCUCCUCGCCCGCCGAAACAUCAAGCUGGACUCCUUCCUGAAGCGGAACACGGAGCGGACGGUGUACGAGCGGAUCCGAGUUUACGAACCUUGCGUGGUGAUUUCGGAGACCAUCAACAAGGUGUACAUGCACGUGGUGCUGAGCGACGAGAGCGUGUACCUCACCGAGUAUCCGCCGCGCACGCUCACCGCAGUUUUUAACUUCAAGUGCGUGCGGGACAUCGAGCUGGUCAACGACCUCCCAGACUUCCUCCGUGGGAAGGACAGGGAGCUCUGCCAGCAUAUACGAAUCACCUAUGUCACCGAAAAGCCUGCUGCGAAGGGGCGUGAUUGGCUGAGGAGAGACAGGAGGGAGGGACUUCCUCCUGCAGCCCCGCCUUCUCGCAGAAACAGCUUGUACCCAACAACAACACACACCUUAGAAGGAUAUCCUGCACAGAGGGACCACAGUGAAAGGAGGACAGAGGAGGUUCAUACUUUACCGCCCACACGUUCUGCCUCCUGUCCAAACCCGGAGACUCUGGGCCUCCUGAGGGUCCCACGCCCUCCUACCCAGCCUCCAUCCACAGCAACCUCCCCCACCAGCUCACCCACCUCUCCUCUGUCACCUCUGGCUCAAAGACUGAACAUUGCUGAAACUCGCCAGGUACCGAGGAGGAUCGGUUCAGUUCUGUCUCGCCUGUUGAGAAGAGACUCUGUGAACAGCAGAGAGGAGAGGGAGGCUGAGCUGCAUCUGUACGCCGUAUCACAUACGUCCAGACUUUACCUCCAUCUACAGAGCUCAUGGAACAGCUUCAUUAUUAAGUCCACUCUGUUGUUGGACCCGCUCUACAGAAGGAGGUGCAGCGCUUCAUCCGGCUCCUCUCAUGGAAAGCAACUUCCUGCCAUCAGCUGGGAGCGGACAGCUCACCUGUUUGGUCAGCUGAGCUCUGAGCUCCUGCAGGAGGAGAUCAGUGUGGAGAGUCUCUACCUGCUGCUGCAGGAGCUGAAAACUGCUGCUCACCGCAACGUCGCACUACGCAGACUCUUCUGGAGGUCCAGUGACGUGUGUGUCUUCCUGGUUCAGUCUCUGGAGGAAUCUCUCCACGACUGUGAGAGCCUCAGAGGAGUUUACACAGCAGAUCAACUACUACUGAGCACUCUGAUCGUCCAGACGCUCGCCGUCAUGUUCAGAGAGACGGAGGUCGAGCCGGCCAGACUCAGCCUGCUCUCUGCCAAAAAAGGCGCUCUGGCCUCCAGAAUGCUUCUUGCCUUGAUUUGUGAUCCAGAGCUACAAACACAGAACCAACGAUCUCUGAUGGACUGUGAGCUUCAGGCUUUGCUAGCGGAGUAUCUGGACGCUGCCUCCUCUCUGCUGUUUGAGAUGCUGCUUUUAGGCCACGAGGCCACCAGAUGUUCUUCUACUGACAACGUCCUGUCUGUUGGCUGGAUCCUCCAAGUCUUGCAGCCUCAUCCUCACCUGCUGGCCUUCAUUGGUUAUCAGGCCCAGCAGGUGGUGCUGGUUUUGUCAGAACCACAGGAAUCGUUUCUGAGUCCUGGUCAGUCAGUUCUACUAUUCCAGCGCUGUCGCCUCCUGCUGGCCUGCCUGCAGUACAACAGCCAGCUGGCACAACACCUCCGGUCCAACUUCAGAGAGGAGUUCAGGUACUUUGUGAAGCUGCCAUGUGCCGAGGAGAAGCUGCCGCCUCACUACCCGAUCAGCCAACCAACUCUACAACUAAUCGAGCAGAUCCUGACCCUUAAUCAGCACAGAUGAUUGUACACAAACACAUGUGCACUCAAACCUAAACACUGUGACAGUGUGUGACUUUGUGUGACAGUCUGAGUGAACUGCUGCUAAUACAGAUGAAACAAAUGAUUACAGCAGACGUAGCACUACUUGUUUCUACCAUGUAUAUUUGGUUGUUAAAAAACUGCCUAUAAUGCUGUUAAGUCGUAAGAUGCAGAGACUGUGAAAUGAAGGAGA